AUGCCAGGAGGGAGGAGGAGCAGCCGCAGCGCUGUGACGAGCUUGACGUUUCUGCUCUGCAUGGGAGCAGCGGCCGUCCUUGUGGCAGCGCGGCCAGCUCCGGACGCGCCACAUGCGGCGGCGGACAACGGCACGUGCCAGUCCAGGGUGGAGCCGUUCGGGUACAAGUGCGAGGAACACACCGUGACCACCGCGGACGGGUACAUCCUGAGCUUGCAGCGGAUCCCGGGCGGCCGCGGCGGCUCCGGCCAAUCGCCGGCCGGUAAGAUCCCGGUGCUGUUGCAGCACGGGCUCUUCAUGGACGGCGUGACGUGGCUGAUGAACUCCCCCAGCGAGUCCCUGGGCUACAUCCUGGCGGACGGCGGCUACGACGUGUGGAUCGCCAACAGCCGCGGCACCGUCUACAGCCGCGGCCACACCACGCUAUCCUCCACCGACCCGGCGUACUGGGACUGGUCGUGGGACGAGCUCGCCGGUGACGACCUGCCGGCGGUGGUGCAGUACGUGUACGCGCAGUCCGGCCAGCAGAGGAUGCACUACGUCGGCCACUCGCUAGGGACCCUCAUCGCGUUCGCGGCGCUCAGCGAGCGGCAGCAGCUCGGGAUGCUGCGGUCGGCGGGCCUGCUCAGCCCCAUCGCCUACCUCGACAAGGUCUCCUCGCCGCUCGCGCGGGCGGCCGCCGACGUCUUCCUCGGCGAGGCUCUGUACUGGCUAGGGCUGAAUGAGUUCGACCCGACAGGGGAAACUGUUCACAAACUAGUGACUGACAUAUGCUCCCAACCAGGGAUCAAUUGCUACAAUCUGAUGUCAGUGUUCACAGGUGACAAUUGCUGCCUCGACAACUCCUCUGUCCAGGUGUUCCUUGCCCAUGAGCCACAAGCUUCGGCAACCAAGAACAUGGUCCAUCUGGCUCAAAUGAUCCGCCGGGGGACGAUCGCCAAGUACGACUACGGCAACGCAGCGGACAACACGAAGCACUACGGGCAGGCGACGCCGCCGGCCUACGACGUGUCGGCAAUCCCCGACGACUUCCCGCUCUUCCUAAGCUACGGCGGCAGAGACAGCCUCUCGGACGUGCUGGACGUCGGCCACCUGAUCCAUCAGGCGCUCAAGUCGCACGAUGGCGACAAGCUCACCGUCCAGUACCUGGACAACUACGCGCACGCCGACUUCGUCAUGGCCGGCAACGCCCGGGAGAGGGUCUACGCGCCUCUCAUGGCCUUCUUCAAGCUGCAGGAAAAAUGACGGCGGGCGUGAUUGUCACUACGGUAGCAUUGUAAAUGAUGUGAUCGGGAAUGUGCAGAAUGUAACCAUGGAGAUGUUUGAAUGUCCAUAUGGUUGUACGCCAUGUAAUUUCUUCACAACCAAAAUUCAAACGGUUACCACAAAGUUGGAUCUGGGUAAUGGCUUAGUGUGUACGGUGGCUGUAAGAGGACGAAGGGAAGGCAAAAAACAUUCUAUACCACUUUGAUGAAUUAAUAUGCAACGGGAAGACAGCACAGAUUAUCGUUGCAGUGCUAUUCCCUAUUGAAGUUCCAUUCACAAUGGAAUUCCUCCAGUUAAGUUCCAUCCCAAUGCAAUCUAGAUAUGCUUCACCUUCCGAUAGUCGCAUGCAAUUUAAUACUACAUUUUCUUACUACCAUUUCUUUUCAUAGGCAUUUCAGAAGAAAUUUAACGAGUCACCAAAAUUUUAAUAGGUUCCAUGACUUCCUGUCUUUUUUGGGGGACAAGUUUUUAACAAGAUUUUGUUCAACCCAUGAC